AUGGGGCUCCGGACAAGGACACUCUGGGCCCUGCUCGCCCUGCUCUUCCUGCUGCAGGUCGUGGCUGAACCUGAGCUGGCUGAGAACUCGGACUUCUUUCUGCCCGGAGACUACCUCCUGGGUGGCCUCUUUACCCUCCAUGCCAACGUGAAGGGCACUCCCCACCUCACCGUCCUGCAGGUGCCCAACUGCGAGGAGUAUGACAUGAAAGUACUGGGCUACAACCUCAUGCAGGCCAUGCGCUUCGCGAUAGAAGAGAUCAACAACCACAGCAGCUUGCUGCCCGGCGUGCAGCUGGGCUACGAGAUCGUGGACAUCUGCUACCACACCAACAACGUCCAGCCUGUGCUGUACUUCCUGGCACGAAUGGACUACCUACUGCCCAUCAAGAAGGAGUACAACCAGUACAUACCACGUGUGGUGGCCGUCAUCGGCCCCGACAACUCGGAGUCCACUAUAACUGUGGCCAACUUCCUCUCCCUCUUCCACCUUCCACAGAUCUCCUACAGCGCCAUCUCCGACCAGCUGCGGGACAAGGUGCGCUACCCGGCCAUGCUGCGCACCGCGCCCAGCGCCAGCCACCACAUCGAGGCCAUGGUGAAGCUGAUGCUUCACUUCCGCUGGAACUGGAUCGCGGUGCUGAUGAGCAACGACGACUACGGCCGUGACAACAGCCAGCUGCUCCGAGACCGCCUGUCCCGUGGCAACGACAUCUGCAUCGCCUUCCAGGAAGUGCUGCCCAUGCCUCAGCCCCAGCAGGUCAUGACGGCGGCAGAGCUGAAGCAGCUGGAGGGCAUCCUGGUGAGGCUGAAGCAGGCCACCGCGCGCGUCGUGGUCGUGUUUGCCCCCGAGCUGGCCCUGCACAACUUCUUCAGCGAGGCGCUGCGCCAGAACAUCAACGACACCGUGUGGAUCGCCUCUGAGUCCUGGGCUAUCGAUCCCAUCCUGCACAACCUCACUGGGCAGCAGAACAUCGGGACCAUCCUUGGCGUCACCAUCCAGCAGGUACCCAUGCCUGGCUUCAGUGAGUUCCGUGUGCGCCGCCCCAGGGCCCAACCAGCGAGGCCACUCAAGGACAGCUCGCGGGGCACGUGUAAUCAGGAGUGCAACGCCUGCUUGAAUGCCACCAAGUCCUUCAACACCAUCCUCACGCUCUCCGGAGACAGAGUGGCCUACUGCGUGUACUCCGCAGUCUACGCUGUGGCGCAUGCCUUGCACAGCUUCUUGCACUGUAGCUCUAACCACUGCACCAAGAAACCCAUCUAUCCUUGGCAGCUGCUGAGAAAGAUUCGGGAGGUCAACUUCUCCCUCCUGGACAAUCAGAUCUUUUUUGAUGAGCAAGGGGAUGUACCCAUGCACCUGGACAUUGUACAGUGGCAAUGGCACCUGAGCCAGAACCCUUUCCGGAGCGUCGCCUCCUACUACCCCAUGCUGCAGCAGCUGAAGAUGGUUGGCGACAUCAUCUGGCACACCUCCCACAACAGGGUCCCCAUGUCCAUGUGCUCCAAAAGCUGCCAGCAGGGACAGAUCAAGAAGAACGUGGGCAUCCACCCCUGCUGCUUCGAGUGCAUCGACUGCCUACCGGGCACCUUCCUCAACCAGACCACAGAUGAAUAUGAGUGCCAGUCCUGCCCACCAGCCAUGUGGUCCCACAGGAAGGCCACCUCCUGCUUUAAGCGGAAGCUGGCCUUUCUCGAGUGGCACGAGGCGUCUACCAUCUUCGUGGCCGUGCUGGCCGUGCUGGGCUUCCUCAGCACCUUGGCCAUUCUGAUCCUGUUCUGGAGACACUUCCAGACGCCCAUGGUCCGCUCAGCCGGCGGCCCCAUGUGCUUCUUGAUGCUGCUGCCCCUGCUUCUGGUGUUCGGGAUGGUGCCUGUGUACGUGGGGCGGCCCACGGUCUUCACCUGCAUCUGCCGCCAGGCCUUCUUCACGCUCUGCUACUCCGUGUGUAUCUCCUGCAUCGCCGUGCGCUCUAUCCAGAUUGUGUGCGUCUUCAAGAUGGCCAGCCGCCUCCCGCGUGCCUACGCCUUCUGGGUCCGCUACCACGGGCCCUACGUCUUCGUGGCGGUCAUCACGGUGCUCAAGGGGGUCAUCGUGGCGAGCAACAUGCUGACCACCCCCAUCAACCCCAUGGGCCACACUGACACCGAAGACCCCAGCAUCAUGAUCCUCUCCUGCCACCCCAACUACCGCAAUGGGCUGCUGUUCAACACCAGCAUGGACUUGCUCCUCUCCAUCGUGGGCUUCAUCUUUGCCUACUUGGGCAAGGAGCUGCCCACCAACUACAAUGAGGCUAAGUUCAUCACCCUCAGCAUGACCUUCUCCUUCACCUCCUCUGUCUCCCUCUGCACCUUCAUGUCUGUCUACAAUGGGGUGCUGGUCACCAUCAUGGACUUCUUGGUCACUGUGCUCAACUUCCUGGCUAUCAGCCUGGGAUACUUUGGCCCCAAGUGCUACAUGAUUCUCUUCUACCCGGAGCGCAACACAGCAGCCUACUUCAACAGCAUGAUCCAGGGCUACACCAUGAGGAAGGACUAGCGCCACCCCCUGACCCUGGCAUGGGGCGCUUGUGCCAGGAGUGGGGCAGAGCCUCCCUCCCUCAACUCCACAGGGACCAAUACAGAACAAUUGCCCCUGGCUGUCCCACCUUGCCCUGCUCCCAGUUGGCAUUCCCCCAAGGUUCUCUGCCAAUUUUACUCACCUAAGUUAUGGGUGCCUAAAAAUAUCCACACUCUGUUCCUUUCCCUUGAGCGGUUUCUCUUGCCAGGCAUUGCCACCUGCUUUGAGAAGAAAUGACCCAACUUGACCCACACGAGGACAAAGUCUAAAUGAGUAGCAUCCAGCCGCCACCUGGCGGCCACAGGGGCACCUGCAGGUCCAGCUCAUCCCCCUUCUUGCAGGUUCAUCCUGGGGGUCUGGGCUGCGGUUGGUGGGAGCACAGAGCAUGCUGCCCCCACCCCCGAUGCCAGUCCCCAUCCAGCUCACACCUUUGUGUCUCAUUUCCCAUUCCUGAUGAGCUCAGUACCAGGUUUCUGUGCUCUCGUGAAUAGAUGGGUGGGCACACAGGUGGUUCUUAAGUGCUUGUGAAUAAACCCCACCUGGGUAAAACGAGUGAUCUCCCUUUUAGCUAUCAGGGUCCCCUGUGAAAGGACGUGUGGCGUCAGAGA